UAUCUACUAUCCCCCUUAAAAAAAAAAAAAUUAAAUGACAACAAAAUUACUUGGAAAGAGAAAAACAAGGACAAGUGGUUAAAACACCCGGGUCAUACGGUAAAAGAUCCGAAAAAAUCACCUCUCUCUUCAUAAAUAGAAAAAUCCCCAAAUUUGGCAAACCCUAACCCUAAAAGAGCAAACUUUCUUAUAAAUUCUCUCAUUCUUCACCACAUUUUCCAAUUUUUUCAUCUCUUUUGUUACAUAAUUUCAUAUUUUGUAAUCUUUCUUGAAAAUCCUAAUUUCAUUUUUUGUGAUCUUUCUUGAAAAUCCUAAUUGUUAAUGGUGGAAAUUUUCAAGAAUUUGUUGAUGAUCACCCCUUUAUCAUCUCCAUUAAAGGAGAUAAUAAUCUCAAUUUCCUCUAAUUCCUUUUCCUUUGGUUCUUGCAAAGAAAUCUGGUAUUAUCGCUGCCUUGGCCUUGACCCGUAAUCCCCUUGACCCGACCCGACCCGACCCGGAUAGGCCUACCUCCCAUAGAAACUGUCUACCUGAGACUGUUUUUUGGCGCGUAGGCCGUUACCUUUAAUUUUAAAUCCCAUAUAUAUUUUUUGUAAUUUUUUUUUUUUUUUUUUUUUUUUGUAUUGGAAAGUGAAUUUUUUGAUAAGAUGUUGCUAUACAAGACGAAGAAGAUUCAACCCGGGAAGGGAAACCGGUUGUUGAUAAGUAUAACGGUUGUUGGGAGUGCCGGGCCUAUUCGUUUUGUUGUUAAUGAAAAGGAACUUGUGGGUAAUGUUAUUGAUACUGCAUUGAAGAAUUAUGCUCGUGAAGGGAGGCUUCCUGUUCUUGGAUCAAAUUUUAAUAAUUUCGUGCUAUAUUGCCCGACGGUUGCAACAGAAGUUCUGAGUCCAUGGGAGACAAUUGGAUCGCUUGGUGUUCGUAACUUUGUGCUGGUCAAGAAGCCACAGGCUGAGGAUCCAAUUCUUGAUGGGAAACAAGCAGCACUGGCUCGGAAGGGAGCUGGGAGUUGGAGAUCAUGGUUCAAUAAAUCACUCAGUCGCAAGAUAGUUUCUUACUGAAAGAGUCGACGCAAAGUAAUCUAUAGUUCUUGUUGGUGUUUGGUUCUAUUCUUUUUUCCAUAUGACUAUGUUUUCCUACUCUGUUAUGUGGAUCCUUGGGUAUUUUCCUAAUUGCAAAUUAAGCCUUUAUCAGUUAUUUAGAUUUUAGUUUGUUGAUUUAGUUGUUUGAACAAAGCAAACCAUGUUAGAGAGUCCUUUGAGUCAAUUUCAAGUCUGCUUAUUAUAUUCAGGUUAUAAUGAAUGAUUGUUACUAAC